AUGCCAGGUUCUAUUAGAGAUUACGUUGAUAAUGUCCUGUUCAUUCCAAACUCAAAUGACUCGAAAGGUUCUGAAAAGGAAGUCGCAUGGAGUAAAGAUGUCAUAGAUAGUAGUAGUCUACAUCAUAGAUCUAAAGAACAAACAAACAAAAAUGAAAGUAAUUUGGAAGAAGAGAAAGAAGCCAUGAAUAAUGUAAUAGAUAAAGAAAUUUUCUCGACAACAACUGCUACAGAAGAUGAUGGAAUUCCAUCAUUGACUCACCCCAUGGAGAAGAGAAUUUUGAAAAAAAUGGAUAUGUUUUUAAUCCCAUUAAUGGGAUUAUUAUAUUUCCUAUCAAAUUUAGAUAAAUCAAAUAUUGGUAAUGCAGAAGUUGCAGGGCUCUCAUCAGAUAUUGGAUUGAAAGGUAAAGAAUAUAACGUCUGUGUCACGGUGUUUUUUGGCACUUACGUCAUAUUCGACCCUAUCGGAGCUAAUUUAUUAAAGAUUGUAGGCCCUCAUUUAAUGAUGAGUGUAUGUCUAUUAUGUUUCGGUGCAAUUUCCAUAGGUACAGCUUGGGUAAGAAAUUAUGGCGAUUUGUUAGCUGUUAGACUAUUAUUAGGUGCAUUUGAAGGUAUGAUAUAUCCUGCAAUUAACAUGUAUUUAUCUGUCUGUUAUAGAAGAGAACAAUAUGCUAAAAGAUUUGCCUUUGUUUUUAGCGCAGCUUGUCUUUCAUCUUCGUUUGGUGGGUUGAUUGCUUAUGGUUGUUCUACAAUUAAUGGCUCUUUAAAGAGUUGGCAAUACAUUUAUAUCAUUGAAGGUGUUAUUUCCAUAGGGUUUGUACCAUGCUACUAUUUUGGUCUAAGUAAAAACUUGGAAGAUUCAUGGUUUUUCAGUAAAGAAGAACGUGAAUAUAUUAUUGAAAGAUACCAGACGAUGAAUACAUUCAAUCCUGAUGAAAGAUUCGAUUGGUACCAAGUGAAAUUAGCUCUAAAGGAUAUCAAAACAUGGGUCUGUGCUGUGGCUUUGUUUGGUAUAGAUUUAACAACUUUCGGUUUGACCGUAUUCUUGCCAAUUAUUAUCACCAGUUUAGGUUUUACAAACGUUAGAGCACAAUUAAUGACCGUCCCGGUAUAUUUUUUGACCGCUAUUGUAUUUUUCGUGUGUGCAUUAUGGUCUGAUCAUUUAAGAUUAAGAUCACCUUUCAUCAUUGGUGCUUGUACCACUACAGCAAUUGGUUUGGCUAUUGUACUUGGUUCACAUGUACAUGGUGUCAGAUAUUUCGGUGUUUACAUUCUUUGUAUGGGUAUCUAUGUCAAUGCUGCUUGUAACUGUCUGUGGUUAAGUGGUAAUAAUGGUAACUAUUUCAAGAGAGCUACUGCACUAGGAGUCAACUUGUUCUUCGGGUCUGGUUCAGGUCUAGUCUCAGGUCAAAUAUUUUUAGCUGAGGAUAAACCAGGAUAUACUAAAGGGUUAUCACUUUGUCUAGCGUUUCAAGUAGUAUCCAUUGUGAUGACUAUUUUACAAUACGUAUUAUACAAAAGAGAAAAUGUUAAGAAGGACAAAAUCAUUGAAAAAUGUAAAGAAUUAGGUGAACCAAUACCGUAUGAUGAAAAAUUAAGUGAUUUGAAUCCUGAGUUCCGUUAUUUAUACUAA